CAUGAUGGGAACACCCCCUCCCUGCGCCCAGUCUCACCGGCUUGGAGGCGCCAGGGCCCCCCCGGGGCCGGGGCAGGCCGGGGAAGGUAAUGUAAUUCCGACCCAGCUAACCCGAUUAUGGCGGCCUGCACCGGGCCGGGCGGCGGCAGGGGCGGGUCUAAGGCGAAGGGGCCCGCCCGGCCAGGGGUCCCAUCCCCGCGAAGGACGCCGAGUUCACACACUCCCACCUCCUGGGUCCUCCACCAGAGGUCAUAAGGUCACCAGGCUGCCUCGGCCUCUCCCCACCUCCCUUCUCCGACACGCUCCGGGCACAGUUUCCUGCGGUUGGGUGGGGUGAAGCGUCUGUGGGAAGCGAGGCGGCUGGGAUCCUCCGAAGGCUCCACUGAGGUACCACGUGUCUCCUGUGGCGAUUUGGCCCUCCGCCUUUGGUGGUGGUAGUGGUGGGGAUGGGGGGGGGGGGGGGCGUGUGAGAACAGGCUUCCUAGGCGCAGAGUGGAGGCGCAGAGUCCCUUAUUGGCGGCCUCCGGCCGGGGGCAGAGCGGCAGCCCCGACCUCACACCGGACUGUGUUGGCCGGAGUUGAGCCAAGGGUCCGCGUUACGCCGAUUUGAGAAAAUCGAAAUUCUGAGAAACAGGGCACCGAUUCCUGGCGCUCCCGAAAGGAGCUAGGGGUUCCGCGGAAGAGGCCAGGAGGCCCUGGCCGGGAGUGGUGGUUCCGCGCCCUAGCCCACCAGACGCGCCCUGCCGCCGCUUCCCACACCUGUCCUCUUCCUGGGCCUUCAAGUCGCCAGCGCCGUUCCCCGGCAGCUUCCCAUCGCAUCCAAGAAGCCACAACGAGAUCUGGUCUUCGAGGGCACUUAGGCGGGGGGCACAACGAAUCCGGGAGUCCGCAGGCAGGACCCAUCGGGAGGCUAAAAAAUGGGGGGUGUGGGAAGAGGUACCUGCGAGGAAGCCCUAAGGCGGAGGCCGGCGAGGAUGGAGUAGCCAUGAGCAUCUCGGCUGACUCAGCGCGUAGCGUCCCAUGCUCUGGCCCCUCCCGGGCUGGGCCUGGUUCCUAACACCCUCGCCACCUCUUUACCCCACCCCCGCCGCCCCGGCCUCCCAGUCUCCCCCUCGCUUGGCGCACACAGGCGUCUCUUCCCCUUUAAUGGGCCGGGCCCCGCCCCUACACUCCCCCCAGCCCCCACUGCCCACUCGAGGCAGAUCUGUCAGUCACUGCCCCAGCCAGAGGCUGCCAACCCUCUCCACCCCGGACUCCGGCACAGGCCCCGCCGGCCCAGCGUCCAUCUGCGCUUCAGAGACAGAAGGGCGCUCCCGGGACGCUGGUCGGUCGCGCUCCCUCGGGAUGCGAGUUCCUGCACCGACGCCCAGCAGAGCCCGACAUGGGCGCGGCUACUCCCCGUCCCCUGGGAUGAAGCUGUCUUGGGGGGCCCGGCGCCUCGCCGCGGCCGGCUCCGCGGGCCCCUGAGGCCGCCGCCCUGUGCGCUCCGCUGCUGCGCCCCCAGAGCUGCCUGGGGCGCCCUCCACAACCGCCGAACCUGCUGCGGUCUUCCCUGACUUGGACCCAUGGAACCCGCGGUGCUGGCCUCGCACAACCUCCCGCAUCAUGAACCAAUCAGCUUCGGCAUUGAUCAGAUCCUGAGCUGCCCGGAGCCCCCGGGGAGCGGUCUAGGCCCGGGUCGCACGGGCCAGGGCCACGGGGAGAGCGCGGCGUUCUCAGGUGGAUUUCAUGGAGCCUCAAGCUACGGCCCCUCAGGCUCCCUGGGCCCGCUACCCGGCAGCUCCGGCGUGGGCCCGGGCGGCGUGAUCCGCGUCCCAGCGCACCGCCCGCUGCCCGUGCCGCCGCCCGCGGGAGGCGCGCCUGCGAUGCCGGGCCCCUCGGGCUUGGGCGGCGCCGGGGGCCUAGCGGGACUCACCUUCCCGUGGAUGGACAGCGGACGCCGCUUUGCCAAGGACCGUCUCACCGCCGCGCUCUCCCCCUUCUCCGGGACGCGCCGCAUCGGCCACCCUUACCAAAACCGGACCCCCCCGAAGAGGAAGAAGCCGCGCACGUCCUUCUCGCGUUCGCAGGUGCUGGAGCUGGAGCGGCGCUUCCUGCGCCAGAAGUACCUGGCCUCGGCGGAGAGGGCGGCGCUGGCCAAAGCCCUGCGCAUGACCGACGCUCAGGUCAAGACGUGGUUCCAGAACCGGCGCACCAAGUGGCGGCGCCAGACGGCGGAGGAGCGCGAGGCGGAGCGGCACCGCGCGGGCCGACUGCUCCUGCACCUGCAGCAGGACGCGCUACCGCGGCCGCUGCGGCCGCCGCUGCCCCCGGACCCGCUGUGCCUGCACAACUCGUCACUCUUCGCGCUGCAGAACCUGCAGCCCUGGGCCGAGGACAACAAAGUGGCUUCGGUGUCCGGGCUGGCUUCGGUGGUGUGAGAUGCGCCUGGCUGGCUGGCGGAGCGCU